UCAGCAGUUUUUUUGUUUGUUUUUUUGCUUCAAUCAAUUUAGUUUGGUGAUUUAUAAUUAAUUUUGAUCAUUGAAGAAGAGUGAACUAUUGAAAUUGUUUAUUGUAUUUUUAUUUCGGGGUGUCCAUUGUGUUUAUGGGUUGGUUAUGUCAUUGGUCUUAACUCCGUUUAUUUUUCAACUUUACCUUUGUACAAUGGUUUACAUGUGCCUUUUUAACGGUACAAGAGUUAACAAUUUUAACGUUAUCCUGAAUAAAUAUACUUGUCAAGGAGUAAAGGCGUGGAAACCAUGAUCAUAAUGGCCACGGUGUUGAGUUAAAAAGGAGGGAACAGUGUCUGGCUUUAUUUUUGUUAGAUCGUCUGUAUUGGCAACAACAGCAACACUAAUUCAACUCUUUCCCAUUCUAUCACUUAAGUAAUUGUACUUUAUUUGUUCAACAAUACAUUGUGUGUUUACUGUAAAUUGUCAAAUUAAUUAACUGGACAUGUUAAAUUGGCAUAAUUUUGUGCUACUGGUGCUUUUGGCUCUCUUAUGCUCAUCCAGCUGCACUUUUGCCGAUGACAACUCUACCUUAACUGCUGGCCAAUCAUCUGGAGAGAUAACAUCAGCUGAAGAAGAGGAUUACACUCCGACAAUCGAGUGUCGUCCCAAUGUAACCAUUGAAGAUGUAUUCCGUGAAAAUAAAAUCAUCGAUGAUUUAUCAUUAGAUUUUAGUGAACACUAUUUGGCUCUCGUUGAUAUUGAAUAUGCAGGGGAUUUACAAGUUUCCUGUGGUAACGAGUUAACUCCUAACCAAACAGCUAAGGAACCGGUUGUAUUUAAUUACCAUUCUGGUUGGUAUGAACAUUAUUCAGUUGUCAUGAUUGAUCCGGAUGCACCAAAAGACAAGGGCACUGUGCUUCAUUGGAUGGUUGUAAAUAUUCCUGGUAGCAACAUGACUCAAGGUGAAGUAGCCUGUCCUUACUUCGGACCUAAACCACCAAUGGACCACGGACUCCAUAGAUAUAUUAGCUUGAUUUAUCUCCAAUCAGAUGAAGGACCAGUUGCGGUCAAAGAUUGGUCUCAGAAUCGUUACAAUUUCAAUUUGACUUCAUGGGUACAGGAUAAUAAUCUACAUGGUCCACUUUUUGGAAACUUCUUUAAGGCACAAAACAAAUCGAAAUGAAACUUUUUUUGUUCCAAUCUUUAUCUCAAAAAAGUUCAUUUGAGAGCAAAGAGUUUUUGAUAAUUUCUCAAUAUUUUUUAUACAAUCAUAUCAGUAGACUUUUUAUCAUGUUUUUUGUUCAAAUGUUUAUUCUACCCCUUUCCAAGCAUUACAAAAUCAACUAUUUACAAAAAAUUCAAUAGCAAUUAUAAAAUCUUCCUGCUUCAUUGAGAACGUUCAUUACACUCUAUUGGAAAAUGAACAAUGUAAUUUUCAAUUUGAAACAACAUUCCAUUGUUCAAUUGGUAGAUAAUGAUGAUUUUUGAAUAAAGUUUUUUCGAGUCAAUUUAAGCUUCAAUACAAUCGUAUAAAGUCUUGAACUCGGAAAUGUCAACCUAAAA